UGAACUUUAUCAACUUGUUCCUUGUUACGAAAAUCCGUUCAGCGCUUGGAGCGACGGGUCAUUUCAGAAUUUCUCGUCAUGGGUUGCGCUUCGAGUAGGGAGGCGUCCGCUGCAGGGCCGUACAAGAAGAUGAAAGGCUUCCAACCCAUUCCAGACCGCUACGAGACCAUCGAGGAGGUGCAGAGCGACCUCAGGAAGGCAGGACUCGAGUCGUCCAAUUUGAUCCUGGGGAUCGAUUUCACCGAGUCAAACACAUGGACGGGGAAGAAAAGUUUUGGUGGUCGCUGUCUACACUGCAUCGAUCCAACUGGAGCGAUUCAGAAUCCUUAUCAAAGUGUCAUCAGUGCCAUUGGCCGCACACUCGAGGCUUUCGACGACGACAAUAUCAUCCCAGCUUUUGGAUUCGGAGAUUCCACGACACUGGGCCAGCGCUGUUUCCCGUUUGCCCAAGGUCGCGGUUGUCAGGGCUUUGAUGAAGUUCUCAAGCGAUACAACGAAAUUACCCCACACAUUAAACUCUACGGUCCUACGAGCUUCGCCCCGGUGAUACACGAGGCUAUCAAGGCAGUGAAACAAGAUCCAGGGUACCAUAUCCUGGUGAUUAUCGCUGACGGUCAAGUGAGCUCUCUCGCCCUAACGUAGCUCAAGUUUUCUCUUCGCUUUCUGCUGUGG